AUGAUAAAUUUAUUAGAUGAGACAUCUAAGAUCGUUAAAUUGGAUUAGGAAAGUAAACACAUUUUUCAGAAUUAACUGCUAAACUCAUUUUCUCAUGAACUAAAAACGCCUUUAAAUUGUAUUUAAUAGUUGGUGGAAGUUGUUAUGUUGAAAGUGAAUACAGAUCUAUAAGAAAAUAUAUUGAAACCAAUAAAAUGGCAAACUGAUUUAUUGCUUUGUUAAAUUAAUGAUAUACUUGACUAUGCAUCUUUUGAGAUUAAUGAUUUUCGUUGGGAUUUUUAAUUGUUUUUUUUAGAAGAUUUGUUGCAAGAAUGCAUUUCAAUAUAUUAUUAGGCUUGCAAAUAAAAAGAUAUAGAUCUAAAAUUAGAAAUGAAUUCAUAAGAUAAACAUAUGGUAAAUAACGACUAUAAAAGGAUGAAAUAGGUAAUUGUAAAUCUUUUAAACAACUCAAUCAAAUUCACUUAAUAGCAAGGUGAAAUUGUUUUAAAAGUAUAAGAGGCAAAAAAUAAUAUGUAUUUAAUUUAAGUAAUUGAUACUGGAUUAGGUUUAUCAUCAGAAUAGCUUUGGCAAUUGCAAAUGAAUAUUGAACAGGAUAAUUUGCAAAGCGAAUAUCAUCAAUUUCAUGUGGGGUUAGGAUUAAAGGUUGCUAACAGAUUGAUUAGAGGCAUGUCAUCCUUAUAAAAUGGGUUAAAUAUAGAUUCAACUUUGAAUAAGGGCACAAUUAUAUCCUUUACUAUUGAAGAUUUCUUGGAGGAUAACAAUAGUUAAGGAUCAGGAUCGGAAACAAUAAUGAAAGAUGCUUAAUUGAGUAGAUAAUUGAGUCAACUUACCACUAGAGAGUUUAAAUUUAUCAAAUAAAUCAUUUGUAAAUGUAAUAAGAUUUUGAUUGCUGAUGAUAUUCCUUUUAAUCAUCAUGCUUUGAAAAUGAUCCUAUAAGAAUUAAAUUAUCAAGCCGACAGUGUUUAUAAUGGCUAAUAAGCUAUAGAUGUAGUUUAAUAAAGAAUUUAGAACAAUAAGUGUCACCCAUUUUAUUCAUUAAUUCUGAUGGAUAUAGAGAUGCCUAAGUAAAAUGGAUUUGAAGCAUCCCUAAAAAUCAAAUAGAUACUUGGGGAUUAAUGUGAUUAAACUACAAUUGUAAUGUGUUCAGCAUAUGAUAAUUAAGAGUGCAUCAAAAUGUGCUAGAAUUGCUUAAUGAGCGAUGUGUUGCCAAAACCAAUUACCAAAAUGAGUUUACAAUAUAUCAUCGAGAAAUAUCUAAGAUGA